AAUUGUGGCCACCGGCACUUCGAUAGUGCAAAAAAUAAAACCAUCCGAUACUAUCGAUACUACCAUCGAUAGUUUUACAGCUGUAAAUCCUAUCGCAAAUUGAAUUAGGGAAUAAUAAUGUCCGACGACGAUACCAUUCAUCCCUUAAGCGAUUCUGAACAUAUUGCAGAUUUUGACGACCACGUAGAUGAGGAAGAGUUAAUAACUGCACAAAAGGUACUAGAAAUUGUAGAAACCGCAUGGCAAAAUGAAUUAUGUGCACCAGAAAUUCUUCAACACCAAACCGACAUGAUGGAGCUGAUGCUCGGUCAAGUCGCACACAUGGAGGAAAAUAUGAAGGAUUUAGAUAAGAACGAUUUUCGUUUCAUUGUGCAUCAAAUGGAAUUAGAACGCAUACGCUAUGUGAUGGCCAGUUACCUACGUUGUCGAUUGCAAAAGAUAGAAACUUACACGCGACAUAUAAUAAAUGAGGAAGAGGCGCGAGAUGUGUCUGAAAAAAGAUUAUCGCCGGAAGAGGCCAAAUACGCGCAAGAGUAUGCCGAAAAUGUGGAGCAAUACUUCCAGCAAGUGGCGUUGCAGUACAUGCCCAAUAUGCAGCGUUCAGAGGCGGAUCAACGAAUAGUUCGUCCAAACCUAAUGAGUCAUGUUUUCAUCAAAGCGAAUGUGGCGGUGCCUGCUGUUGUGGUUGGCGUCGAUGACGAGGAGGUGGAUCUAACUGCUGGCUCGCAGCACAUAAUACCCUACCAACUGGUAUCCGAUUUAAUUCAUAAAAAUCAAGCGCAGCUAAUUUAGAAGUAGUGUCUACCUGUAAUAGAUAGCAUAAGUACAAGUAUAGAUGAUUUAAA